AUGUCCGAGCCAGGCCCAGAAUCCGUGCCUACAAGCGCCGAUCCACGCAGCAAGCGGCCAACAAAACGGCGCGCCGUGACUCCGCAUUCCGAGGUCGCACACCAAAUCGAAACCCUUUUCAAAGACCCGAGCAAGGACCUGCACCUACCGACACCCGCAAAGCCGCGCACUGUCGCGAAUCUCUCUGCGCCACCGGAAAUCGUUACCAAUGUGCAGGGAUCUUCGGCUGGUGCGGGAUCGGGCGAGUUCCAUGUAUACAAGGCCAGUCGGCGACGGGAGUAUGAGCGGCUGCGGCUGAUGCAGGAGGAGGUUGAUCAGGAGAAGAAUAAUGCUCAAUGGGAGAAGGAGAGAGAGGAAGCGAGGAGGAGGGAUGCGGAAAAGACGGAGAAGAAUCGGAAAAGGAGGGAGAAGAAGAAGAGUAAGGGGAAGAAGGGUGGUGGUGGUGGUAAUGGUGGUGAGCCGAUGGAUACGGCGCCUACGAAGGAUGUGCCUGCUCCGGGUUCAAUGGUCCCCGCUGAAGCGAAUGACGGAGAUGCUACGGAUGGUCCUGUGGCUGUGCAGGAAGUGCCUGGAGUCAUUAUUCAUGAUGAGGACUGA